AUGAACUCUGCAUACGUCCGUCAGGCCUUUCGUUCUUCUACGGCUUCACUGUCGUCGAGAACAAUCGGUCGCUCCUCACGAGAUGCGCUGUCAUCUCACCGUCGACGAAUAGUACUAGGCACACGACAGUACUCUGAUGACAAAGCUCCUGCUACAGAGCAAAAGACGGAGGCGGAUGAGGUAGAAACCGACAAGACAGAAGUCACACCGGAGACUGAGUUGCUCAAAACCAUCAAAGCAAAAGAAGCCGAAACCGCGGAUUUAAAGAGUCGGUUACAGUACCUGCAAGCAGACUUUUUGAACCUGCAACGCAAUGCUGCUCGUGAAAAAGAGCAGCAACGUGACUUUGCUAUCACCCGUUUUGCCGGUGACCUGUUGGAAACCGUAGAUGUUCUCGCACUCGCCCUCAAGUCCGUACCAGAGGAUGUUCUUGCCCAGUCAGACUCUCCCUCCCCAGACUCAUCAUCACCCAAUUCAAAAUCCGUCCAAACCUACCUUAAGGAACUGCAUCAGGGCGUCGAUAUGACCCACCGUCUACUACUUUCUACACUCUUCAAAUAUCACGUCAAACCAUUUGACCCUACCGGUGAUAAAUUUGAUCCUAAUCAACACGAAGCGUUGUAUCAAGCUCCGAUACCCGGAAAGGAACCUGGCACUAUAUUAGAGUGCCAGAAAACCGGGUACACGAUUAAAGAUCGACUAUUGCGGGCGGCGCAGGUUGGCGUCGUGCAGGACACAUCAUGA